AUGUUUCGUCAGGAACUACGCCGUUGUUCGGUUAUUCUUUUUCACGGUGGACUUGUUCCAAGGAGGAUGAUAAUCAAUGAGGACCCCCAAGAGCGGUCAAGAGAGUUGGCGCUUAGAGAAAAGGUAGCCAAAAAAUAUAAGGGACUCAGCAUAUCCGAAUUUUCCGGCUUCAGUUAUGGACAUUUCGCGAUGGGAGGGCUGGCGACCAGUGCUGCUUUUCGUGCUCGCGAAGCUUCCCAAGGAAAUGCCCCUAAUUUUGGAAACUUAUCCCAAGGAGAGCGUCGCGUUGACUGGCUCAUGUUUUUUACUGGUGUGGUGCUUGUUUUUGUUUCGUCGAAAAUCAUUAUACAGCGGCUUUUUGGCGGUGUAUCAGAGGAUUUGGCAUUACCUUUGUGGAUUGGAAGUGUAGAUGAGCAAGCGACUUAUUUGCUCUUCACCAUACAGUACGACAAAUCUAGCCGUCAGCGGAUUAAGGAUGAGUACCUCGCAGAACGAAGGAUAAAUCCAUUCAUUACUUUUUUCCCCUGGCUCAUUACACGAUAUCCUGAGUACGGUCGCGGCGUGCAGUUCAGCCGUGACGUUGCCUUUGGCACACUUCGUGAGAUACUCUCAAGUGGUAACCAGAGGUCAUUGUUAAACCUUGCCGGUAGCACAAAGGACACGCUACUGAGGAAUGACAGCCCGGCUCAUCGCGUCGAUUAUUUUCUCAGGAGGGUGGGCGUGGUCCCGAUGAUUCAAGGAGUGAACUCAGACUCAAAGGCGGCUGCUUACGUACCUCCCGCAGUCGCAUCGAACCUUCAGCUGAUGUACGGUAGCGAGCCAGAGGCAAUUAAAACUGUGUUAAGCGUCAGUCCGGAUGAGAGACAUGGAUCUGUACCGUUCCAGUAG